GGCGCAGACCCCCGCCCCGCGCCUCGCGGGGUUCACGCGGGGACGAGCACGAAGCGCCCGCACGAGUGCAACCGCGGCCGGCAGCGGUUCUGCCGUGCUAGCUUGCUGACGGAGAAGUGGCUGCGUCGCUUCGUUAAACGGCUGUGUUCAGGGGCAAGUACACUGAAAUCUGCCGAACCGAGAAUCAAAAAAUAAGACAGAAUCGAAAUACCUGUGGUUUCUUGCCUAAAAGGAAGGAAUGAUUAAAUUCUACUGUUCGUUUUAAUGUUUAAUGCCAACAUCCUACUGUUUAUAGAACAGGAAGACAGAUUUUUAUACAUUUUUUUUUAUUCCUGUUACACUUUCCACUUGUAAUUUCAUACCAGUGUGCUGAAAUCAAACUGUGUCUGAAGACCGAUUUUAUUCCAGAAAUACCACUUUCCCCCUGUCUUUUUUUCUUGUAGCAGGAUCUUUGAUGACCACAAAGCAUUCACAGCCACAGUCUACGUUUGGGAGAAGUCUGACCUCCACAAGUACAAAUACUCCCUAUUUUAAAGCAGCAGAAAGUACAGAAAUUCCGCCUUACAUAACUAAAUGUCCUAGCAAUGGGCUUUGCAGUAGAUUGCCGCCAGACUGUAUGACGUGUAACACGAACUAUUCCUGUAUAUAUGGGAAGCUGGCCACUUUUGAUUGCAAAGUCAAGCCACACGUUCAUUGUGUUGAUCAGAAUAACCACAAGCAGGAGAACUUCACCAUUAACAUGACAUGCCAGUUUUGCUGGCAGCUUGCAACAACUGAUUAUGUAUGUACGAAUUCUACAAACUGCAUGACAGUCUCUUGCCCGCGACAACGAUACAAUGCCACUUGUACAGUGCGGGAUCAUAUUCAUUGUCUAGGUAAUCGUGUCUUUCCUAAGAUGCUCUAUUGCAACUGGACUGGAGGUUAUAAGUGGUCAACCGCCUUGGCGCUAAGUUCCUUGGGUGAUGUGGCGCCAAACUAUCAUCUUGUAGCAUCACCCUCGGUGGAUUUGGUGCCGAUCGUUUCUAUUUGGGCCAGUGGCGGGAAGGUCUGGGAAAACUCUUCAGCUUUGGUGGGCUUGGAAUAUGGACACUAAUUGAUGUGCUGCUAAUCGGCGUUGGCUAUGUGGGACCUGCAGAUGGUUCUCUUUAUAUUUAAAUGUGGGAGCAACAUGUUUCAGAGAGGAGAAAUUGUUUGGAAAGGGCUCUAAAUAAAAGAAUACAGAGAUCUGAGCCUUUAAGGUAGAAGGAAGAAUGACUGUUCUUUUUCUGUGCAUAUGUUUUAAUGUACAGUAUCUGUACUUAGUUUGCCUUUAACUAAGGUAAGGUAAGAGUAGAUCACUGAGUAAGUUGAAAUUCAUUUUCUUUCUUCUAUGGACAUGCUAUUUUUCUAUGGAAAAAGUUGAACAGCUAACCAGAUUCUGCACUGUGCUUGAACUUGGAUGAUCUGUCAAGCACCAAACGGGAUGCAAACUAACUUGAGUAUUGAGUUGUUUACUUCGUAUUUGUAUGCUUGAAUUUAACUUCAGAGCUAACUUCCCUAAAUAUGUCAGUAAUAUAUUCUUUUUUUUCACUUAUGUGGGGAUAAUUUAUUUGCCUGAAUUACUCCAGCAGUAUGUAGAUUGCCAUGUUUUAUGAUGUUAAUUACAUUCAUCUGUUUUGGGGUAUAGCAAGAGCUAACAUUUGCUUAGUGACUUGUUGGUUUAGGAUCGUGGGGGGUUUAGGAUUAGAUUGCAGUAACACUAAAAGCUAAAUGUGAAAUAAUUGAAAUAGAUUUUAGGGUUGUUCCAGAAUGACUGUAUUUUGGUUGGGUGUGACCUGCGUAUCGGUGAAAAGCCCAGCUCGUAUUCUUGCGCUAGCAAGCUUGCCGAGUUAAUUGAAGAGGAGGGUUGGCAGUGCGGUCGCUGCGUUUAUCCGCUGAGGGCUUGCUGGCCAGGUAACGCAGCAAACGGGCGUGCCGCGACGGACAGGGGCUUCCUUGGGGUCACGUCCGUGCCCGGGGGCGCGGCGACCGCUGGGAGUGAGCCGUGGCUCGUGUAGUGCCGGGGUGCCGUGAGCCGGAAGGCCGGAUCACUUGAAUAAACUUGAACUUGAA